AUGUGGACCGCACAAGUUCUUCCUCUUCUGGCAGCACUGGCUUUGCCAGCCUCUGCAUUGCCUGAGCCGCCUACGAGAGUCCUAGCAGCAAGACAAUCCGUCGUCACGCCUCCCCCGUGCAAGGCAAUCAGCCCACCACCAUCACCAGCCGAGACUGAACAGCGAUUCAAUACAUUCGCCGACGAAUUCCUGGUGAAGAAGAACCUCACUGCUGCGUUCGAAUUCAUUUCCUCGACGUAUAUCAACCACAAUCCAUUCGCCGACGACGGCCCAAAUGCGGCCUUGGAUUUCCUCGGUCCUGUUUGGCCCGGCACCCAGAUCACAGUCCUGAGGACUCGAUAUAUCGACCCUCAGGGCUUCUUGAACUACAACGCUAGCGGAAUUGGAACUGUUGUCGACAGGUUCAGGUGGGAAGCAGGCUGCAUUGUCGAACACUGGGAUCAAGGCGAGGUGUUCCCUGGCGACGCAUCGAACACAACAUCGACACCAGCCACGAACUCGAACGACACGACUACACCAGUGACACCAGUGACGAGCGGUGCCAUGAGGCGAUACACCCUGUUUGGAAGGCGAUGA